CUCCCAGGUAAGUGAAGCGAGAUUAGAUAUAUGAGAGGAGUGAGUAGGAGGCCAUCAAUAGUGGCGGAGUGUCCCGGGCCGAGCCCAUCACUACACACUACACACACCCUCGACCUUCAUGUUGCUUCUCUACCUCCCUCCACACGGAUAAAUGCCAGACAGUAUGUGGCAUGAAGCAAGAAAGCAAGAGCGGAAGAUACGUGGAAUGCUAGUCGACUAUAAACGGCGUGCUGAACGACGACGAGAAUAUUAUGAGAAAAUUAAACAAGACCCUACUCAGUUUAUCCAGCUCCAUGGCCGCCCUGUCAAAAUUCACCUGGAUCCAGCUGUGGCCUACGCAGCUGAGGCUCCAGGCAGCAUGAUGCCAUGGCGGGGUGAUUCAGACUCCAUGAUAGAUCGUUUUGAUGUUAGGGCACAUUUGGAUGACCUUCCCCCAUUGUCGGCAUCAUCACUAAAACUGACGGCAGAAGAAGAUUGGGAAGAGCGUCAAGCAAAUUACGAACGUUAUCGUAUAUUGAUACAAAAUGACUUUCUGGGAAUUAAAGAAGAGAAAUUCCUGCACCAAAUUCGCUUGGAAGAACAGUUUGGACCUAUUGUUAAUAAAACAAUUGAAGAAGAAAAGAAAGCUUUAGCGCCCAAGAAAGCAGCCAUUGCUUUCACUUACACAGAAGAACCAGAUGAUGACGAUGAUGAAAGGCCUGGCUCCUCCAACGCAGAUUCUAUUUUACCCGAGGGGGGAGAUGAAGUCGCGGGGGAGGGUUCCGAUGAUGAAAGUGAUAGUGAUAUUGACCUGGAUUUGACCGUGGAUGUGAUGUCUUUGUCCAAUACUCAGCAACAAGAGAUGAAUGUGUCUGGAGUUGAGUACGGCCUAAAUCAAGAUGACUUCAUGUCCCUCAUUAGCCGAGAUCUUCAAGAAGCAGAAGAACUGAGGGUGGCCAAGGAACAUGAGGAUGAAAAGGCAAUGUACUCGGGUCGAAAAUCUCGGAAAGAGAGACGGGCGUUAAAGAAAAAACAUAUGGACCGAAAAUUCAGCCCACCAAGUUAUGCUGCCCGAGCCAGCCCAACAUAUGCACCAUAUCGGAGGUCAUCUUCACAUUCUAAGUCCCGCUCACCGACUCCUCCUGCAGCUGGGACAAUCAAAUUUAUUACAAGCUUUGGUGGCGAAUCUGAAGGGGCAGGAUCAGACGAUGAAGGUGUCACUGGCGUCAUCAUCUUGCCAAAGGGCGAUCGAGCAGUCCGCGAUCGUCGUAAGAACCGCUGGGAUCAGAAAUCCCGCGAGAGUGGAGGAGGAAACCAUCACCGCUCCGGAAGUUCGGGACCCAGCAGCAGCAGCCACACUGCCGCGUCCGGCCACUCUUCAUCCUCUAAGAAACGGCGUCACUCACCUCGCAGCCGGUCUCGUUCUCGGAGUGGAUCUAGCAGUCGAUCUCGGCGGAGGCAGAGGUCACGCCAUUCCCGGUCCAAUUCUCGCCACUCCCGUUCCCACUCCCAUACCAGGCAUGCACGUUACACCAAGUCACGCAGCAAAUCUCUGUCACGGUCAAGAUCACGCGAAAGGUAUUACAGUUGGAGACGAGGUAGAGGUUCUCAUAGACGCUCACAUAGUCGGUCAAAAUCACAAAGCAGAUCAAAGAGUGUUGACAAAAAGACUCCCUCCCCUCCUAAGACUGCUGUCAACCAGGCUAUUGCUCUGGUUCAGCAUGUUGGUGGUGUGGGAUCACCAGAUCCACCUGCAAAGCUCCCGUCACCUCCAUGCCGUCGUUAUUAUGGUCGGCGGGGGCAAGGCAGUAAUUCUGAGUCUGCCUCUGAAUCAGAGUCAGAGGCCAAAUCCACUAGUAGUGCUAACACUAUGCAAAACUCGGCAAAUACAAAUAUCAAAACAAACAAUUUGGUGCCCCCAACAACAGUGGGUAAUGGGUCCUCUGCCGCCAAAGAUGGUCCCAAAUUAACACCUCAGGAAAGGCUGAAAAGAAAAACCCAGGCACUCUUGAAGAAGCAGUUCAAGGCGGAUAAACGGCUUGAAAGAGAACGGGCAGAAAAAGCAGAACAGGAACGACAAGACAGAGAGGAAGAAUUAAGGGAAAUGGCCAUCAGGUUAAGACGGAGGGAGCGGGAAAAGCGGCAUAGAUUGCAAGGAGAAGAUUCAAGUUCUGAUGGAUCGAGGUCACAUUCAGGAUCUGGUUCACGGUCUGUGUCACGCUCAAGAUCUAGGUCAAAAUCUAGGCCAAGAUCAAAAUCUCGUCAAAGAUCAAAAUCUCACCAUAGAUCAAAAUCUCGGUCAAAAUCCCCUUUGCCUCCAAAGCAGACUACAUCGGGCAGAUGGACAGGUGAGAGCAGCCGUGGGAGGGAAGGAAAUAGUUCUGGUGAUUGGAGCAGGGACUCUCACAACCGUCAGUGGAACUCUUCACACUGGGACGCUCAUGCUCCUCCCGAGAGAUACCGUGACCCAUAUAGGAGGAGAUCAAGAUCAUAUAGCCCAGGAGGUCGAUGGGAUGGAGAGAGAGAACGUCACCCUGGUAGCAGAAGAAGCCGCAGUAGAAGCAGAGCUAGGGAGUAUAACUCUAGCAGCAAUAGUGCUACAAAUGCUGGUAGCAGCUUCAGGAGACCAAAAUUUCGGGAUCAUGAAAGAGAGAGAGAUUGGGAUCGACCAGAACACGAAGCUCAAAGAGAAGUUUUCAGAGAUUACCAGCAUGGCUAUCAGAGGGAUUACCAGCAUGGCUACAAACGGGAUUAUCAGCAUCGUAGUUAUCAUAGCAGAGAUAACCCACAGAGAGACACCCAACAGAGAGACUUCCGAGAACGCAAUCAAAGAGAUUUCAGUUCGCAGGCAAACAAAAGACAACAGCAAGGGCAGAACUUCGGGGAAGAAGAUAGGGAUGAUGGGGGACGGAUUGGUAGAAUUCGGUUAGUGGAUUAUUGAUCUGUAAAUCAGUGUGAAGAAUAACCUCAAGCAGGUGUAAGUUUGCAAAAAUUUUAUCUUCAACAUUAAAUUGUCACAUCUUUCUUGUAGCUCCCUUUGACACACACUGAAAACCAGUGACGAAUUUGUAUUUUUAUAUAUUUUUACAAGGUAAUCUGGAAAGGAACAAUAUUUGUACAACAUUUGUUAAAAUGUUUAAAUGAUGGCAUUUCUCAACAUGUUUUAUAAAUGUUCAGUUUACUCUAUAUCACUUGAGUAUUUGGUCACAGUAAAGGCAGCUACUUAAAAUAAUACUUUGAUAUCAGUGUGAAGGAUUGGUAUUGUAAAUAAAACCAGGUUCCCCAUUUGCCUUUGUAACCUGUGUUGGUACUUGAUGUACCAAUUCCAUUGUAAAUGCCUUGUGCUUGAGUAUACUACUGCAGCAACUCUGAUAUUUUGAAAAUUAUCUUUACCUGUAAUUUUGUUAUUCUCUUAAAUAUUUUCUCAUCUUUCUCCUUCAUUGGUUUUCUUUGUUUUUCUACUCUGCCUAAAAUUGCAGAACCAGCAUUGAUUCCUCUCCAGCAGAACAGCCAUUACUUUGUUAUUCAUGCAAAGUUGUGAAAAUACAUGCCUCAAAAAUGUUGAAAGGUUCAUAACUAUGGAAUAUUUGAAAUCCUGAGUGUCAAUAAGGGAUUGUUGAGAUAAACAUAUUUCAGUGUACAGUACAGUACUGCACUAUAAAUUACACAUCAGCAUGUAUUACAUCUCGGGAUUUGAUAGAAUAUUUUUUGUAGGUGCCAACGCCUAGAGAUGAUAGUGAUGUUAUCAUCAUUCCAGUCUUGUGAAAGGUUAUUGAGACAGGUAUUCAAGCAGUCAUGCGAGGCAAAGUUUGGCAAGGCUUGCAUAACAUUUGUUCUUUAAAUGUAAAUAAAGUUUGCAGUUAAAGCGUCAUCCCCCCUUAUGUGUCAUGAUUUUGAAAAUAAUGAUAAAUAGCUUUGCAUAAAGUAUACCCGGUAUAUUAUUCUGAACUCAUCGUUUCCUCUUGGUUGUAUAUAUUACAAGUUAUAGUAUAAGUAAACCUGUUGUUUAAUGUAAAUUGCUUUUAUAAUAAAAUAUGCUUGAGGCUAA